AUGUCAGUUAUGUUUCUUUAUCAAAAUCCUGAUUGGUGCCUGGGAUCCAUCAAGCUUCUUAAUCAUCAGAGACAUUAUUUGGUUAGAGUCCAAGCUGGUGAGUUAAUAGUUUAAUCUAUAGACGUAUAGUUACUUUGAACUCCGCCAUCCCUCCCUUUUAUUGGACAGUAAGUCUUUUACAUUGGAGGUAGGAUUAGUCAACCUAUGCAGGCAAGCUAACCCUUUUACAAGGGUCAUUUUCCACCAUGACAAUGGUCACUUUUAGUGAGCGCCUUUAAAUGCUUCUUUUAUCUGUAGUCAUCACGUCGUUUCUCACGGAAACGGCAAACUUCCUGAUCAUGGGCAGCCUCUGCUAUGUAUUGCUUUGGCCGUUGGCCGUUAGGUUUGCAUCGCAAAGAGUAAUAUAUGAGGUACAUGUUACGUUGACGUCGGAUACAUUAAAAAUCGGAUGGUCAUCCGCCCCUGCGAGUAGUUGCCUUUAGCUCAUAUAGUAAACCUUUGCAUCGUAAAUCUCAGUUUAUCGACCCUUUCGCCAGAGAAAAUCGUCAGUAACACAUCAAACAUCUUUCAAGCUUCAACAAUGAUUAAUAUGCUCUUGGCUUAAUCACAGUGGUCUCCUUACGUUAUUGAAAUGAUGCUUUAAUUGUUUACUUCACUGUUUUUUUUUUCACUAUUUAAUUUUGUAGAUAAAGCCAGAAACCCUGAGCAACUUACAAUAAAAGGAGUCCACGACAUGACAGAAGCAGAGAUAAACCAACAAAGAACUUUGGAUUUAAAGCAAAGGCUUCUUCUUCUAUCACAAGAAGAGAGCCAUUCCUCUCUCCCAGAAGAAAUAAUCUCAAAGCAGGAUCAACAGGGCAUAGAUUCUUCUCAGUGUCAGUAUGAAGGAUUACAUAUUGAAACAAAGAAAGCUGUAAAUAUGAGUUGUGUGCCCUAUAAGAGAAGUGACAAGGAUUGCCAUGAAGCCUUUAGUUACUUUGGGAUGUUCAAGGUUACGAAUUCAGAUACACAUGACUGCGUAAUGCUUCCUAGCCGGCCAAUUUAUACAUUUCUUACGGAGUCGAGGUUUGGCCCCACAGAGAGAGUUUCUGUGACAUGUUGGAGAGACGUGCGCGACUAG